AUGGCACAACAACCUCGUUCUCGUUCCCUCUCACCUCCUGGACUCAGCGGCUCCACGGCGCCUGUCACGCCUUCUCCGCUGCGGUUCUCAACGACUCCGAGCUCAAAUGGACACACACCACCAGACUAUGUUCGUCGGCCCCAUAACAAUCGCGAUGACCAGGAUGAAACGCAACAAAUACCUCUUUUGCCUAUCUCACCUGCUUCACCACCAGGGCAAGAAACGGAGGGGCCACCACAUGCAGAUGAUGUUAAAGACGAUGAGAACCCACUAUACGUAGACCCUUUUGCUAGGCCUGGAGGCUUUGUCUGGCGGAGGAGCCAGCAUCGACCGCCAUACCUCUCUUUGUCUGAGGCCAUCUACGAUGAUUCCCAGCCGGAGUUCGAUGCAAUGAAACUCUACCGCAAUUUUUUCUCCGAUCCCGUCAAGGAUUCGAUCUCCAAGCCACAAACUAAAACUCCUUCUUUAUACCCGAGAGGCCUUCCCAAGCCGGCGAAAAAACAUCCUUUUGCGCAGGGCUUCGAGCCCCCAAGAUGGAGAUUGUUGUGGAUUCAUGUUGGACUCUGCUUACUUGCGUACCCGUUCCUCUUGAUUUUCGUUAUCCUGGCCAGGGGAAGGUCACUGUUUUGGGCGCGAUUCUUUGUUGGUGUUGGUUCGGGGUUGGUUGGGUUUUCUCUGGGACUUAGUUUGUUGAGGCUGGGCAGAGGGAUUCUGGAGGCAUCUGCUUGGGCAACUGUCAUUCAUGUAUCGCGUGUCGUAGACCGCCCUGGGAUGAGGUUGAAGGAUCUUGUGACGCACUCUGACAAUUGGACAAGCGCAUGGUCCGCCUUCCGUUUGCUUUGGGAUAGACAAAACUAUCGCGGAACAGAUAGAGAUAACCGAAGGAGUUACGACUCACGACCUUGGUCUCUCUUCAUAUUUUUCUUUCUUGGUCUCGUUUACCUUGCGGGAUCAUUGCCGUUUAUUCUUUCCCGUUUGGUAAACAUUGAAACACAUGUUCAGCUACAAGACCAGAAUUACAAUGAAGUGACGGUCAUGGGCGCACUUUCAGCUGAUGAUCUUUCACGAGCGAACAAUGUUCAAAGCAUCUUUCAGAAUCGUCAACUCGCGUGGACGUUGUCCCCGUCCUCAUUGCAUGGCGGUGUGCCUCCCGCCGUUUCGUUCUUCUGGGAAAACACCGCAGUUUUCUUUGCCGAGAUCAUUCCCGAACAACUUCGCCCAAAUGGAACCGGUCUUGGGACUUUCGAUGACAAAACUACCAUGACAUCUAUCGACCCUGAUGAUCCUGUCUUCAACCAGACAGCGCCUGCUCUGAAUGUUGACCCUGGUUCAGUGUUGCGCUUUCCUCGUUGGGGUAUUAGAAUAAGUUGCGCGAAGAUACCGGAUGGAUAUGCGAACAUCGUUCCGUUUUCUGAGACGGAUAUGUCGUACCUUUUCACUCCGAGAGAGGUCCUUCGUCCCCUCUUCUCUCAUUUGGGCAGGGAUUUCCCUCGAAACCUUGAACAGCCGUACAACUUCAGCGCGUUGGUUGAUCCUCUGGAUUCUUUGCCUGAGGCCCUCAACAUGAGUGGCAUUGCUCUGGGAGCCAAGUUCUGGAAUGACGGCAUGGCUUAUAACAUGGGGACCACGCCUUUGAGCACUGGUGAAGAUGGCGCUGGCUUCGUCACGCUAGAAAACAUUUUUGUUAGGCUAAAUACGACUUUUGCACCUGAAGGUAGCUUUAGUCGUCUCGGCGAUGUCAGCAUUCCCGACGUAAAUGGAGCACCUACUUUCAUCGGUUUCGACGCCGCCGUUUGUCUUGAGCUGUACGAACCAUGGGUGGUGGAAUUGUAUAAUAGCUCCGUCGCAUACCCAAACUCUUUGCGGAUCGUGGACAAAGCGGCGGCGAUGUCGACUCACCAGCGAGCAGAGAAAACGCUUGCCACGGACCCUUCCGUUGAGCGGCAGUUGUUGUCGUCGAAUUACCCCACCGUGUUUACGAUUGCUCACCAGAGUAGUAUCAACCAGAUUUUGAAGGAUAACGGGCGUCAUACGACCUAUGCCCCAUCAGCAACUCUCCUUUCGUACACAGGCCGCAAUGGGCCUAAUGGGUAUACAUCACUCUCGGAAACCCUCUAUGCCCAAGCUAGAGCAAUGGCCGACGCUAGAAACGUUUUACCCUAUUUUGCAGGGUCAGGCCUCCUCUUAGCUUUCCAAUAUCCGGAUAGCAUUGUGACCAGCGUUGCGAUUUUCACUGUCCCUUUCGUCGUCACCCUCAUCAUAGUCUGCCUGGUUGGGGUUCUCGCUGCAUUGUUUGUUCCGAGGCUUCCGUUGUCCGUGCCUCGUCGAGGGUUCGGGUUGUACUCGUGGGUUGCAGCGUUUUACGCCAAGGAAUUCGUCAGUGAACGAACGCCGGGAAUUGAGAAGAAUAUGGAUUUGGAAGAGAUUGAGGAUCAAAUUGGUGCAGUUCGAUUUCGGUAUGUCAGUUGA